AUGCAAGGAUUUAAUAAGUAUUACCCUCCUGAUUAUGAUUGGAGAGAGGGAAAAGGGCUUAAUAAACUUCAUGGAACACAUGCACUCGGAAAUAGAGCUAGAAAACUUGAUAAAGGGAUUUUGAUUGUACGUUUUGAACUACCUUAUAGUAUUUGGUGCGAAACAUGUAAUAAUCAUAUUGGACAAGGGGUUAGAUUUAAUGCAGAGAAAAAAAGAGUAGGAAAUUAUUAUAGUACACCAAUAUGGAGUUUUAGAAUGAAAUGUCAUCUUUGUUCUGGCAUUUUUGAGAUUCAAACAGAUCCAAAAAAUACGGAGUAUGUUGUGAUUAGUGGGGCAAAACAGAAAAAUGAAAAUUGGGAUUCUACUGAUGCAGGAGUUGUAGUAUCGAAAGAUGAUAUAGAAGAAGAUUACAAAGAUGAUCCUUUUUAUAAAAUUGAAAAAAGUGUAGCCGAUAUGAAUAAAGCUAAAGAAUCUAUUCCCUUAUUGACGCGAUUAUAUGAACUGAAUGAAAAACAAUGGGCAGAUCCGUACUCAGUAUCUUCACGAUUGCGUAAAAUAUUUAGGGAAGAAAAGAAAAUGUUAAAAAAAGAGAAAGAAAGUGAUGAAGAGAUUAGAAAUCGUAAUUCUCUUGGAAUUAAGUUGGCAAAAAAGGAUCCAAAAGAUCAUUUGCAGGCUAAACUUGUGGAUUUUCAACCUCAGAUAAAUGACUUAAUUGAAAUAACAAAAAAAGAAAUAUAUUCUUCACCUCUUUUUAUUCAAAAAGCAUCACCUGUUUCAAUUCAUCAUAAAUCAAAUAAAGGAAAUAUCAUUAGGCAACUAAAAUUAAACACACGAAUGAAAAAUGAUCAUUUUAUCACUCAACAUUCUAUUUUUACUCAACAUCGACCUUUAAAAUUUAAUACAUCACAACAAACACUUAUAAUUAAUGAUGAUCCUCAAGUAUCUCAAGGGUUGGUUUCUUAUAAAAGUGAUUCUGAAUAA